UGUCCUCUGUGUGCUUGACAAUUGGAAAUUUGGAAAAAAUGACUAUAUAUCUAUGAACUACUAUAUUUAAAUUUUUUAAAAUCCCAUAAUUUCUAGUAGCAACAUUCAAUCUCUUUUCAUUCUUCAAACUUUUUAGAAUUUUGUACAAUGAGACAAUGUCUUGUUGCUGGAAAACCAUUCCUCUUUGUUCAAAGACAAAAAUGGUAUUAUGAUCAAUUACCAUGGACGUGGAGGAGGUUACAAAAAAUUGCCAUCAAGCCUGUGGCCCUGCAAAGCUCUGCAACAAAUUGUGUUGCAUCAACUGGAAGCAGAUUGAUAUCCAGAAGGAAGUUUUCUUUCCUUGCUGCACUCUUCAAACAUUCACAGUGUUGGCUAAGAGUUUUAAGGCUUGUUGGGCAACCCGCAGGCAAGUGCUUCUCCCGACAAUGUGCCAGUAUGCUGCUUGGAGCCGUCUGCCUUGUCCAGAAGUUUGACUUUGACAGUAAUGGCAUUACAGAUGGUGAUGUUGAGAGGUGCAGAGAGGAGAAUCAGAUUGAUGGUAUCUCUGCUUUAAUAGAGGCUACAGUGACUUGUCCUGUGUGUGGCAAGCGACAGGUCUUGCAAGAGGAGGUGGCAGGUGUGGACUACUGCAGCUGUAAAGAAGGCAACAAUGUUGAGUGGGAGCGAUCAUUUGAUGGCUGGCGACCAUUUCUUGAGCGCAAAAAUAUUUUGGUUUGGCGUCGUCCUCACCAAACCUGGCCUCAUCUUUUUGCCUACAAAGUGUACGGCCGCUAUGACGACGUGAGCCUGUGCGCCUUCGUGGAGACUCAGCUUAGCACGAGCUACAGGACAGAGUGGGACCCUUCUGCCCUGGACCUGCGCGUUGUCCAUUCAGAUCAGCAACUCCAGCAGCAGCAGCAGCAGCAGCAACAUAAUCACGACCACCACAGAGAAUAUUCUGCUCAAGAUCUCCUUUACUGGCUUGUCAAAUUUCCGAGGUUUUUUGCGGACCGGGACUACGUAUUCAAGCGGCGCUACCGCGCGGACGCGACGCGGCGGGAGGUUGUGAUCGUGAGCGAGGCGGCGCCCCAACAGAGCGGCGUCAGUGAGGUGGCCGGAGUGCAUCGUGUCCACCAGUACUGGAGUGUCAUGGUCGUCAGGGCCAGGAACGCUGACUUCACUAAGCCUGGCAUUGAGUAUGUGCUAUCAUACUUUGACAAUCCUGGCACCAGUUUACCAGCCAGCAUCACCAACUUCAUUGCGUCCACAGCUUUCCCAAACUUUUUGAAACGACUUCACACUGCAUCGAUGGACAUGCAGAGCCGCGCCGAGGCAGGCCAGCUUGUGUACACCUCUCUGCCUGGCGCUAUGCUGGAGGCCGCCAAACUCGACGUGCAGGACGCUUCUCAGAGUGCCGAGGAGAAAGAGGAGCAGGAACAGUUCAAGAAACCUGGAGCUGCGCUGGACGACGCAACUAUUAAGUACCUGAUGGAAGGUCUCGGCGAAAUGACUCCUUCCCAGGCUUCUGAUGGAUCAUUUCUACGUAGACUGGAUGAAAUCAUUUCCGAGACACUCGACAAACUCGAUGAUGGAAACCCUAUGAUUGCUCGAAUUAAAGUCCUUAAGAACAAGUUGGAUUAUUUCCGAAUGCAAAGCAAGGUGAGAAGGGAAGAGUCACUGAACAAAAUGAAAGAUUUAGUCACAAGACAAAACAGGUAUGAAGAGAACCGACUAUCGCCAAUGAAUCCUGAACUCGUGCGGCAGUUGUUCGAGGCUAUGAGGGAGGUGCUGAAGGCGGACCAUGACAUGAGGACAGGUCGUGGGCUUCUUGCUGCUUCUGUUCCUGCAGCUACUGAUGAAAAUUUGCCGUUUUUUCACCAUGAAGACAUUAGGGAUGAUAAUAUAUCAACGCCCACUUGUGUUCCUGCUGCGGAGUGCAUCCCGGACUCCAACUGCCAAUCUACAACACAAAACCAUGAACAAGAAGAUGAAAACGUCCAAAGUACGUCUGAAAAAGACGAGGGUGAAACUCCGAAUUCGUGGAAGACUUGGCUCUACUCAGUUUUUGUUGAAGCUCCGUCAGGGCUUCUCAAAUCAAGACAAAGUGAUGGAGACACAGUAAUAAAGCCGCUUGAUCCAACGCCUGGCUCCGUGGACAAAAAUUCUAAAUCUGAAUCGGAUGAAAGAGGACCAGGUGAUCCAAUAAUUGAAGAGCAAAGUUCUUCGCUGCUGUAUUAUCUUUACGGCUGGCUUCUUUGGCCGGCUGUUGUCAAGAGUCAGUCUGAAUCUGAGGAGAAUCCUCGCACUGUCGACGCAAGUGAACCUGACGGCUGUAGCCUGGACGACACUCCCGCAUCUAUAGCUAAUUCUGGUGAUUUGAAUAUUGAAUCUCCGUCUCCUUGGUAUUGGAGCCCCGUCAGAGGUGUCUCUUGGCUAUUUUCUGUCUUAAGCAACAGCAAAUUUUCGUUCAAAUGAGGCAGUGAAGAUAAGUUUAUUGUAAUAUAAUUUUUACGCGUCAGCAUAUGUAUUUGACACGUAGCCAUCAAAGGGCAUUGCCGCAAACGCUGAAAUCUCAUAAGGAACCUCACUCAUGAAAUUGUCGAGCAACUUUUCGAGUCCGCAUACUUUUCCUCACGCAGAUUUUCCACAACAUUUUUUGGAUCACUAAUUUAAGGGGUAACUAAUCUACCGAGCAGCUUAAUGGCCGCCAUGACCUUCCUUCCAUUAUUAUUGCUCAAUCUUUGCAAAUUUUGCUCUUCAAAUACGUUUCUUAAGAAGGCCUGGUGUCGUGUUACUGACCUCUGCUGAUGGUCUAUGCAAACAAUUGGAAAAUUUGCCUUUUUUACAGUUGUAGAAAUUGGAGCAGAUCAUUCAACUUUUUAGAAACUGUCAAGUUUGUUUUUUGUGUCAUUGUAAUCUGUUAAUUUUGUCAUGUUUAUGCUGUAGACUAGACAGAGUGGCCUAUUUUUAUUCAGUUAUCAAGAUUGAGUUGCAAUUUGUUUGUUUUCUAUUAUAUCAGAAUGGCAGGCUUUGUACAAAAAAAAAUGUGAUUGAAUAAUUAUUCUAAAGGCAAAUAAUUAAAUUCUUCACACGCCGAGAAGACACAAAUAAUUCUUCUAUUUACUCAAAUUUUGCCGUACACGAGUAUUUUACUUCACGUAUCAUCAAAUGCCUGUUCUUAUUCCGGGCAAGUUCGUGACUUUGACACGGUGCGUUCGCAGUCCAUUUUAUUGUGCCAAAAAGGAGGCUACCGUCAUUUAGCUUACCAGUGUAACUAUGAGCUGAGUAAUUGUUGCCUUCUUUCGACGGUGUCUCAUGAAAUAUUAAGCUUUACUUGUUCACUUGAACGUCUUAAGGUAGUUUUUUAGUUUUUCUCGAGUGUUAUUUCUUCCGUGUGAAGUCACCGUAUCAUUCGUGAUCUGACAUUGUGCAAUGGUUAUUGCUUCUGUGUAUGUCGAGGGCUUUCAUGAAAGUAGGGAAUUUUUAAUUACCUACUUGUGAAUAUUUAGGUAAUUCAUUUGUCCCGAUCUACCGUAGGUUUUUUCUAGUGUAGUGGCAUAUGCAUUGUUAAUUAAUAUGCCACUAGGCAUUCAGGCGAACUCGUGUACGUUAAAUAGAUCUUCUUUAUGAUAA